CCGUUGCCAUGUUCAUGGGCGUGUCUUAGGUGUAGUGUGUCAUGUCUUGUUAACGUUGAAUUCUUAUCUUUUUCGCGAAAUAUUAUCUGAAAACAAUGUUAUCAAAAUCUGAUAACAUGUUCAAACUGUGCCUUGUGUUUAUAGUUAUCUGUGCAAUACAAAAUGUUCAUGCACAACAUCAUUUCACCGACUACAAACCAACGACUAUGACAUGGUGUACAAAAAACCUACCAGAGUUCUAUAAGUGCGGGAAUUUCACACAGAACAUUGAACGCGACAAAGGGCUCUUUGACGACGACUUUUUGGAAGUAAAAUGUUUACGGGCCUACAAUGCAGACGAAUGCAUACAUCACAUCGAUCGGGAAGAAGCUCACAUCACAACAUUAGAUGCUGGCGAUAUAUUCACCGCUGGUCGCUUUAAUUCACUGAUCCCCAUCAUGCGAGAGCACUUUGAUGGUGGUUUCGCAUAUUACUAUGCUGUAGCUGUAGUAAAAGCCGGAACAAUGAGUGAUGUCUUCAGUUUGCGAGAUCUACGAAUGAAGAAAGCUUGCUUUCCAUGGGUCGGAAGCUUGGCUGGCUGGAUAAUUCCAAUUUAUACGCUGCAAAAGGAAGGAGGAAUGGAAAUUGUUGACUGCAACAAUCAUGUAAAAACUGCAACUGCUUUCUUCAAUAGUUCUUGUGCUGUGAAUUCUUUGAUUGAUAAAUAUAAUCCCAUCGGAGACAAUUCCGAUAGACUUUGCGCUUUGUGUACUGGAGUAGUACCCGGUGGAAAAUGUACUCCCUCGGAUCCCUACUAUGGCUACGACGGUGCCUUCAGAUGUUUGCUUGAAGCUGGUGACGUAGCGUUCUUAAAACAUUCAACAGUUCUCGAAAUGGUGCAAGGAGACGAAUUUAAAAGCAUUUCAGCAGAACGAUUCGAAUUACUAUGUAAAGACGGAACAAAACGUCCUCUCUCUGAAUAUCGUUCGUGUAAUUGGGGAAAGGUUCCUUCAGAUGCCAUUGUUACAUCAUCCGGAAGGCAUUACGAAGAGAGGAAAAAAUACCAAAAGUUCUUCGAGAGGGCUGUGGAGCUUUACUCGCACAAACCUAGGAAUCACAACUCAACUGGGCAAAACCGAUUCGGGGAUCAAAACUAUAAUAAUUUCGGCGGUGGUGGGGACAACAACUAUAACAAUCGCUUUAAUAAUGAAUACGAUCCUAAUCGGAAUCUGUAUAACACCAACAAUGACCCGAAUUAUUACAAUCAAGAUCAAUACAACCAAAACAAUCCUUACAACGACAAUCGAUUUGGCAGGCUGGAUAACUCCUUUACCACUUCAACUGGAAACCCACUUGAAGGAGAUGUCAACGGAACGCUCUAUGAAAAAUUCGAAUUGUUCGAGUCGAAUAGAUACGGAAAAUUGAACGCCUUAUUUCAGGAUAGCGCUCGAUAUCUUACACCAAUCGAAAUUGACGACCAGUCGCACACCACAUACUUGGAACAUGCCCUUGACUUCAUUUAUGGAAUUCGCCAGUGUCCAGUCGGAAAAAUGGCAUUAUGCAUUACAUCUGAUCCAGAAAUGGAGAAAUGCAUAAAAAUGAGGACUGCUCUAAAAGCUCAAAUCAUCAAACCCGACCUAUCAUGCUACAAAGCCCAUUCUCAUAUCAACUGCAUGCAAGCAAUCGCCUCAGGUCAAGCAGAUGUUGCUGUCUUUGAUGCUGGCGAUGUUUACACAGGUGGACUGAAACACGACCUGAUCCCAAUCAUGUCGGAGAUCUAUAAUUUGGGCGAACCAGAAUACUAUGUGGUUGCAGUUGGGAAAGAAGAAGAUCCCGACACUGAAUUAACCUACCUAAAAGGAAAAUACACAUGCCACACAGGAAUAAACACGGCUGCAGGUUGGACAUAUCCAAUGGCAUAUCUGAUUUCGAACGGCUGGAUCCGACCAUACGGUUGCGAUAGUGUACGAGCAGCUGCAGAAUAUUUCACGAAAUCAUGCGUUCCGGGUGCCAUUAGCUCGGAAUACAACACCGGUGUGCCUUAUGAUACCAUGUGUGAUUUAUGCCACGGACAAAGCUCGAAAUAUUGCCGACGAGAUGCAUCUGAAGACUACUAUGGUCAUACGGGCGCGUUUAGAUGUUUGGUAGAAGGUGGAGGACAUGUUGCUUUUGUUAAACAUACGACUGUGAGCGAAAAUACCGGCGGAAAAAGGAAGGAAUUUUGGGCUAGAAAUACUUUGAAUGAUGACUUUGAACUGUUGUGUCCUGAUGGAACGCGUGCCGAGCUAUACGAGUACCACCGCUGCAAUCUUGGUAAGGUUAAGGCUAAUGCAAUCGUGACUCGAGGUGGUGAAGCGUACAACGAAACCCAGAUAAAUGCCUACAUUAAUUUAUUCUCAUACGCUCAACAAUUGUAUGGUCGAAAAGAAGUCGACGCAUUCAGCUUCAGCAUGUUCUACUCACCUCCUCCGUACUAUGAUCUAAUCUUCCAAGACGCGACCCGCCAGCUGCAAGUUAUCAAACCAGAAAAGCGUCGCUAUGACUUAUAUCUUGGAAGCAACUUCAUGCGCGCUCGUCGUAUAACCGAUUGCCAUGCAGGCGCCAAUUCAUUGAAUCUUUCCAAAAAUAUUUUAAUUAGUAUUAGCAUAAUUUUAAUUAGUUACGUUAUUGUAUUUUAACAUAUUGAUCAGCAUUCCUUGUCUCACCGUAGCCGUAAGUACAAAGAUAUUAGAACCUCUGAAUGCUAAUUGCAAUCUCAGACAAAGUCACGAUUCCGUCCAUUGAAGAAACUACUCAUUGAGAAUAUUUUAAAGCAGAUCUAUUGUAAUAUAUUGUUGAAAAAUUAAUCUUAAAGCAAUCCGUCCACGCAGUCUUGAUUCCUUGUCAAGACGAAAGUGUAUUAUAAUAGAGCUGUGUAUUCUAGUUAGCAAAUUACCCUCGAAGGAAUUAAUUUUUCGAGAUAUCCGUCCAUUUUGUACGUAGUUGUUGUUUUUUAUCGAUUUGGCACUGACUCGAUAUGAAAUCUAUUGCGUUGACACUUAGUACUAGCACUUACAUAUAUAAAAUUUUGUACGGAAUUCAAUUUAAAGUGAAAUAAAGACUUUAGAUUAGUUGA